UGUUUUAAGAAAUUAUGUCAGUGAUGUGGAUUGAACCGGGUACAAUAUCGAUUGAUUGGAAAAUAAUCACAGUAUGGUCGGUGAUCAAUUUAUUUUUUGUGCCACCGUUAUUUGGUGAAAUGUACACCUCUGUGAAGAAUAUGCAGCAAGCUAUUUCUGUUGAAAAAGAGCUUCUAAACCAUCUAAGAACAUAUAUCCAGGAUGAAACAUUACGACUGAAUGACAUAAAGAGAUUCUAUGCGAAGAUUUCCGAUUUGCACAGUGAGGUAUACAGUGGUCCAGAGACCGCAAUGGCGAACCCCUUGGUGGCAUUCACACUGAUCAAGCGACUGCAGUCUGAGUGGAUGAACGUUGUUUAUAGCAACGAGGCCAAAGAGAAUGUACAAGCCUUCAGGGCUGGCUAUGAGAAAGAGGAGAGCAGACUGCCCAAAUUUGAGGAUCUUCAGGGUGCAGCCAAGGGUUUGAUGAGGCUACAGGACGUGUACUCCCUACACAUGGACGGGCUUGUGAAUGGCCACUUCCAGACGGCCACAGACGGGGCCACCAUAGAUAUCUACAAGCCAGCUGUGUCCAUGCCCCUCUCCGGGGAUGACUGCUUCCUGGUGGGGAAGGUGGCCUACGAACAGGAGGACUACUACCACUCCGUGCAGUGGCUGGAGGAAGCGGCGCGGCUUUUCCGAAGAGAGGGGGGGGAGUGGGUCCCGGAGAACGAGGGGACUAUAGAAGAUACCCUGGAUCAUCUCGCCUUCUCCCACUUCAAGACAGGAAACGUCUCCUAUGCAUUGAGCCUUUCUCAGGAGCUGCUACGCUAUGACCCCUCGAACAUAAGGGUUCUGCGCAAUGUGGAAAAGUACGAGAAUCUAUUGGUCACGUCUCCGACCCUGGACAGCCCAGAAGCUGUGCUACAGAGACCCAACACCACCUACCUGAUUACACGAAACACAUACGAGUGGCUCUGUCAGACACGUGGCUCACAGCCAAAGCACUACGAGAACGCCAGGCUGUUCUGCGACUAUUUCACAAAUGGCAGCCCCAGCCUCCUCUUGAAGCCAAUGCGACGAGAGGUCGUGAGCACCCAGCCCUACGUGGUCCUGUUCCACAGCUUUGUUACCAACGGUGAGGCGAAGAGCAUCAGAGAGCUUGCCCAGCCAGGGCUGAGCAGAUCGGUCGUUGCAUCAGGAGAGAAGCAGGCCACCGCAGAGUAUCGCAUCAGCAAGAGUGCUUGGUUGAAGGAGACAGCGCACCCUGUUGUUGGGAGGGUGGACCAACGUAUCACUGCACUGACCGGGCUGAACCUGCAACCACCGUAUGCCGAAUAUCUGCAGGUGGUGAAUUAUGGGAUAGGCGGCCACUAUGAGCCUCACUUCGACCAUGCCACGUCUGCAUCAAGCCCUCUGUAUAGACUCAAAACUGGGAACCGCGUAGCAACAUUUAUGAUAUACCUCAGCUCCGUGGCGGCAGGUGGAUCCACAGCCUUCAUCCACGCCAAUUUCAGCAUUCCUGUUGUGGAGAACGCUGCCCUCUUCUGGUGGAACUUGCACAGAAACGGACGGGGGGAUGGGGACACACUCCACGCUGGCUGCCCUGUCUUGAUCGGGGACAAAUGGGUGGCCAACAAAUGGGUCCACGAGCACGGACAGGAGUUCCAGCGGCGCUGCAGCCCCAACCCCGAAGAGUGA